AUGGAAUCACAGGGGAACUGAAGGGAAGCGGAAAGGGAAGCGAGGGAGAGGUGCUGCGCCUGCGCCUCCGUUUUCGGGCAUGGCGAGCUAGGCAAUCCGAAUCGCCUCCACAUCGCUCGUCCUCUCCGCGGCGCCGCCGCUCCAGCCCAGCCCGCCUCCAGCGUCCGCGGCAGAGGCGAGGAGGUCAGCAGUUUGAGGGAAAAGCGCGGCAGUUGUUGCCGGCGUUUCCCUGGCUUGGCCGGUCGCGUUCGUUCUGCGCCUCCGCCUUCGCUCGCCGGCUCCCGUCAGGGGAGCGGCUACGGUAGAUCGAUCCGCCUGCUCGCCUUGGCCGAACUUGCGUUGUGCUCGCGCGACGUGGUGAGGGGCAGCUGUGUGGCUAGCUCGUGCGGUGCGGUUCCUUCUCCUGGAAGCUUCUGGAUCCGCUUUGGCCUCAGCCUGCGGCAAUGUCGGGCUCUUCGGCGGCGGGGGAGGACAUAGUGCAGCACCUCUCGUCGAAUUCCAACCCAUCAUCCGACAAGCUCGCCAAGCUCGAGGCCCGCAUGACAGGCAAGGCUGUCUCGAUGCCGCCACCGUCGCCGCCGCACCAUCCGGUGGCUUCCCCCGCCUCCGCCACCACGUUCAUGGACCAGGAGGAGCUGCCCGAAUCCUCCUCUUCUUCAGAUGAUGAUAAUGGUGAGGAGUUCUUGAUACAGAAGAACACACUUAAGCGUCCAAGAUCGCCAGAUGGUGACCAUGGCCCAGCUCUUGGAAAUUUUGAGGGAUCAGCUAAUGCGGCAGCCAAAACAUUAGAUGUCGUGGAUGCACGACUGUCAUCGGAGAACCCAAACAGAAAAAGGCAAGGCCGUGGAAGGGGACGUGCUGGAACAGGCCGAGGACGUGGCUCAAAGACGGUUGAUCAAACACGUCAGACAUCGACUUCCUCAGUAUUUGUAGCAAAUGGUCAGCAAGACAAAUUGACCAACAUGGAAUCCCGAUCUAGUGUUCUACCUGUGAACGAUGGCAUGACUGCUUUACAUGAAGAAUUAUCACUGCUACGUGGUAAAGUUGCAUUUUUGGAGGAGGAGCUUAACAAAUUGCGUCAGGAAGCAACAGACUAUCAUCAACUUAGUGAUAGGUUAACAAAGGAAUUGAAGGAUUUCAAAGAUCUUGAUCAACAAAAGAAAUCAAAGCAAAUGAAGGUCCUAUCUGAUCUGCUGAUAGCAGUAUCAAAAGCAGAAAGGCAAGAAGCACGGAUGAGGUUAAAGCAGGAAUCUUUCAGACUUGGGAACAUUGGUGUUAUGAGAGCUGGAACUGUCAUAUCUGAAACAUGGGAGGAUGGCCAGGCAAUAAAGGACCUUAAUUCGCAUCUUAAAUCAUUACUGGAAACUAAAGAAGCUAUUGAAAGGCAUCGUAAAUCUCUAAAGAAAAGACAACCUGACAAGAGUGACGGCAGUGAUGCUGAAACCAGCAUGUCUGAGGAAGAUUUCAUCUUGCAGGAUGAGAUAUGUAAAUCUCGGUUAACAAGUAUCAAGCGGGAGGAAGAACAGUAUUUGAGAGAAAGAGAUCGGUAUGAAUUGGAAAAGGGUAGGCUUAUACGUGAGAUGAAGCGCCUCAGAGAUGAAGAUGGAUCCCGCUUUAAUAACUUCCAAAUUCUUCACCAUCGAUAUGCUCUGUUAAAUCUUCUUGGAAAGGGAGGGUUUAGUGAGGUUUACAAGGCUUUCGAUUUGGUGGAGUACAAGUAUGUGGCCUGUAAGCUUCAUGGUCUAAAUGCUCAAUGGAGUGAAGAGAAAAAGCAAAGCUACAUAAGGCAUGCGAUUCGUGAAUAUAAUAUCCAUAAGACUCUGGUGCAUACAAACAUUGUCAGGCUAUGGGACAUAUUCGAGAUCGAUCAUAACACAUUCUGCACCGUCCUAGAAUAUUGCAGUGGGAAGGAUCUUGAUGCAGUCCUUAAAGCAACACCAAUUCUCCCAGAAAAGGAAGCAAGAAUUAUAAUUGUUCAAGUAUUCCAGGGCCUUGUUUAUCUUAACAAAAAGGCUCAAAAGAUCAUCCACUACGACCUCAAACCAGGCAAUGUUCUCUUUGAUGAUGUUGGUGUUACAAAAGUUACAGAUUUUGGCCUCAGCAAGAUAGUGGAGGAUGAUGUUGGGUCCCAAGGAAUGGAACUCACUUCCCAGGGAGCUGGAACCUAUUGGUAUCUGCCGCCAGAAUGCUUUGAUCUCAGCAAAACACCAUUUAUUUCAUCUAAGGUGGAUGUUUGGUCAGCUGGUGUAAUGUUUUAUCAGAUGCUCUAUGGGAAGCGUCCUUUUGGCCAUGACCAGACCCAAGAGAGAAUACUUCGGGAAGAUACAAUUAUCAAUGCGCGGAGGGUGGAAUUCCCUUCAAAGCCAGCUGUAUCAAACGAGGCAAAGGAACUGAUCCGCCGUUGCUUGACAUACAAUCAAUCAGAGAGACCAGACGUUCUUUCCAUAGCUCAAGAUCCUUAUCUCUCGUAUGCAAAGAGGUAGACACUACACAUGGCUAUAAGACGAAGAUUUUGGAGGUUGGGAAGGCAGGAAGCCAGCCACUAUCGCAGAAAGGAUUCUGGAGGGGGAUAAAGAUCCCACGAACUCAAGAAUAUCACAAAUGGUGUAACUGUAUAUAUUGUAAAUUUUGGUUGGUCUCAUAGCUGCAGGGACCUGAAGCAUGAUUGCAUGAAUGGUCUGCAUCUUUUCAGUCUAGAGGAAGUAGGGGUUGGUUUGGAGGGCCCUGGGCCACGUCCCACGGCCAUGGCUAUGGUUGCACUCUGAUAUUUCUUGACGCUCUUGUGCCGCCCCUCCAUGCGUAAUAUUAUACUCUAGCUAGUGGCACUGCUGAUGGUUGAUUUUUAAGGUUGCAUAAUUUUAUGAUGUGCUACAUGUUAGUCCUCGACUGGUUUUCAAUUUUGUACUUCGACACUAAUAUCUUUGAAAAUAUGCUGCUUUAGACAAGAAUAAA